AACAAACAGCGAGGAGGCACUUCGCGUUUCAGCGAAUGAAUUAAAUAUUAAAAUACGCCUUCCAAGGAUUUUAUACUUAGUUUAUACUUGUUUAAUUAGUAGUGAAUAGUGUCUAUAUCUUUUUGAUAGUUUGGUGUAAAAAUGAAUCCGUUAACCAAUAUGAAAAACGUGCUCAAACUGAGCGAGCAGGACCUCAAGUUCGGUGGCAAAGACUCCUGGCACGACCAGUACAAGGACAGCGCGUGGAUAUUCGUCGGCGGUCUACCGUCCGAUCUGACCGAGGGCGACCUGCUGGCGGUCUUCUCGCAGUACGGUGAAAUCGUCAACAUCAAUCUGGUACGCGAUCGGAAAACCGGCAAAUCCAAGGGAUUCUGUUUCAUCUGCUUCGAAGACCAACGGUCCACGGUCCUAACGGUGGACAACAUGAAUGGCAUCAAACUGCUCGGCAGGACACUGCGGGUGGACCACGUGUCUGACUACAAACCACCGAAGGAUGACAAGGCGGACGAGGAAACGAAACGGCUUUAUAUGGAGGGGUGUGCGCCCAAGUACAGCUAGGAUGAAUAAUAGAUUGGUAAGGUAAUUUGAA